CUAAUUGGUGGGAACCGAAUCGAUUGCCGGCUAUAACAAUUAAUAGCACACAAAUUUUUGACCGAAAGUAGCGGAUGGUCCGCUUUGAAAUAUAAAAGUCCAUUUUCUGGCGAUCGCGCGACAUAUUUUUCGAAGUGGAUCGCCAUGAUGAGAGUUCUAGGAUUAUCACUUCUGGCGCUGUUGGGGUUCGUAUCCCUAGGAAAUGCUGAAAAACGUAAUUAUGAUGAAGUGUGCAUUGGAGCGCCCAAUCUUUCAUACGUGGCGAGCAGAAUAUCCUGUGAAUAUUACUAUGCUUGCAUAGACGGUGUUGCCUAUGGCUAUAGUUGCGAGGAUGGCGAGUGGUUCUCAACGGAAAGACAACAGUGUGUUCCUCCGAGUGAAUCUGAUUGUGAUAUUGAUCAGGCACCAGAGCUACCGACGGCUCCUCCUGCAACUCCAUCGCCAAUGUGCGAUGGUGUUGAAGACUAUCGUUACGUGAGGUCGUAUGAUAAUUGCCAGUAUUACUAUCAGUGCAUUGAUGAGAUUGCUUAUAAGCUAUCAUGUCCGAGGUACUUCUGGUUCAAUGAAGAACAACAGCGAUGCGGAAAUCGGUACGAGUUCGACUGUGAUCUAGAAGUUUCCACAACCUCACCACCUCCACCACCAGAUAACCGAUGCCUUGGACAACCUAACUUUGGACUCAUCUAUGACCCCGAUUACUGCUACAGGUUUUUCAAAUGCAUGAACGGUGUAGCAUACCCCAUGAUAUGUUGGGAUGGUUUGUGGUUUGACUAUACGCGUCAAACUUGCGUAGAACCUUCGGAGACCGACUGCAGUGCAACAACACCGCCACCCAAUCCUCCUCCCGUUCCGAAUAUCUGCGAAGAUGUAGAGGAUGAACACAGCGUUCUUCAUUACCGGUUCUGCAAUGCAUACUUCACCUGCGAAGAUGAAGUUGGAACUCCAGGCAUAUGUCGUGAUGGUCUGUGGUUCGACGAGGAUCGCCAGGAGUGCGCUCACGCAAUGGAUGCCUACUGUCCACAUGGAUUGGUCCCGCCAACCACUCCUACGCCGGAUGUUUGUAGAGGCGUUGAAGAUGGCAGAUUAGUUGCAUCCCCGGACAGUUGUAACGUGUACUAUGUGUGCGCCAACGAAAUCGGAUACCGAGCAUACUGCCCUCCUGAUCAAUAUUUCGACGAAGAGAGGCAAAUGUGCGAUGACCAAGAGGAUGUGGUUUGUCUUAUCUAGGUUAUCAAAUUGUAAAAAGAAGUUCAAUUGGGAUUUGGAGUCUCUUUGAUGUGCCGGUCAGAAUAAACUCAUUGAUGGCCCGAUAAAAUAAGUUUACAAUCCACUGUUUAUGAAUCAUUCGCUUGAGUUGUAGUAUAAAUACUAUAUCACUCAAA